GACCCGAGCACAGAAUUAGUGUUAGUCCACUUUACAGAAUAGGGUUAGACUCGUUUAGGGCGCCUACAUAGGAAGGGAGCUAUUUGACAUUCAGCCACACCAGCGAAUAGAAACCGGACAGGUUCUUGUACAAACGGAAGCAACCAGGAACAUGCAGAUCCAUCAGGGAAAGUGUUCGAGUCUGAUGGAGAUAACGGAGGCUGUUUUUGGUUAAGCCAUGCUGCUGUUUUCCUGAUAAACCUACUAUAAGAAUCAGAAACAUGGAGAUGGUUGUAGCUAAAAUCCUGUGCCUUUUGGGCAUGUUUGUCCUGAUGCUGGGGGGAAUUCUCAUCCCUGUGAGAGUGAUGCAGUCGGACCUGGACAAGGCUUUGCGCUACAGGAGGGCAGUUUCCUUCAGCAACUCUUUUGGAGGUGGUGUGUUUCUGGCCACCUGCUUUAAUGCCCUUCUGCCUGCUGUCAGAGACAAGAUGGAUCAGAUUCUAAAACUGAUGAAUAUCAGCACCGACUACCCCCUGGCCGAGACCGUGAUGAUGCUCGGCUUUUUCCUUACCGUGUUCGUUGAGCAGGCUGUGCUGACUUUCAGGAAGGAGAAGCCGUCCUUCAUCGACCUUGAGACGUUUAACGCCGGCGGUUCGGAGGCAGGCAGCGACUCGGAGUAUGACACGCCGUUCAUUGCGCCAGCACGGAGCUCACAUCGUCACUCUCAUCACCACUCUCAUCACCACGGCCAUUUCAACCCAGCAGAACUAACACGAGCAGGACCGCUGCGGCUUGCAAGCCUCGUCCUGGCCCUCUCCGCUCACUCGGUCUUCGAAGGCCUUGCCCUUGGGCUUCAGGAAGACGGUGCUAAAUUAGGAAGCCUUUUUCUCGGAGUCGCUAUCCACGAGACCCUCGCAGCCAUAGCUUUAGGGGUUAGUGUGACUAAAGCAGGACUACAGCUUCAGGAUGCCAGCAAGCUAGCCAUUACAGUCAGCCUCAUGAUCCCCAUCGGCAUUGGCCUAGGAAUGGGUAUCGAGAGUGCAGAGAACCUGGCAGGAAGUAUUAUUUCUGUGGUGCUCCAAGGCCUGGCAGCAGGCACAUUUCUUUUUAUUACUUUCUUUGAAAUUCUCUCCCGAGAGCUGGAGGACAAACACGACCGGUUGCUGAAGGUGCUUUUCCUCGUCUUAGGGUAUGGUGUACUGGCAGGUCUAGUCUUCAUCAAGUGGUGAUCGAUCUCAGCGAAUAAUCAUAGUGAAUGAUCAGUAACUCGACUGACUACCAUAACCACAGGGCCAGAUUUUCUUAACUUUGUCUCUGACUUGUUUCUAUGCCCAUGAAGUCGUAUACUGGCUGUACAGAUCCAGUAGCAUAUUAGAUGCAGAAAAGCGUUUUCAUUGCAGUGAAAUGAUUUAUUACUGUCAGCAUUGUUGGACCGGUGCUACUGCAGAUCAUAAACUUUUAGAUCUUACUGAUUUAUUCGAUGCUGGACGACUUUGUGAUAAAUAUUCAACACACACUUCUUGUUUUUGUACCUGAUUUAAAAUGUAGCUUUGGAGACACUUAUUCUUUGUGCAUCCUGAAUGUCGAGCUCUACAUUUAUAACCUUACAGGCUACAGCAGGGAUCUUAAAGGUUUUGCAGCCAGGGACGUGUUUAACUUAAAUCUAUCUUGACAGGAUCAAUGAAGUUUCUGAAUAGAUCCACUGUUCGAGUAUUAGGCUAUUUGUUUAAAAUUGGUGAAAUAUUUGACUUCAUAUUUAAUGAAUAAAUUUGUAGCUUUUAUUCGCACCAUAGAGCAAUUUAUUCCUUAAACAAAUCAAGUUGAUACUGUACGUCGUAUAGAACUGCUUGUUUAUACUUUAACUAUACGAUAACCUGAGUAAUAUAUACCGUAGGAAACAAAUAAUACAUUGAACAACUGUGAUAAUGAAUUUUUGGAUUUUCGACCAUUGACAUUCACCCUUAAAGACUAGACACAAUGCUAUAGGGAAAAAACCCACAUUGCUGCACAAGUUACCUGCUAUUUUUAUAUUUGAUUUGUUUGUACAUCUUUGUGGUUGUGGUCUUGUAUUUAUAAAUGAUUCUGUUACGGGUUGAGAUCGUCUCGGUCGACCUGCAGAUUAUUUGUGUUUUUAAGUCAAUAUUAGAAGCGAUUUUAUUUCUGCUCCUGUUUUUAUUUCACCUGAUAUAUGCAAUAUUUUCUUGUACCUUCACAAAAAAAAAAAAAAACGGUUUAUUAGACGAUGAGCCUUUCUAAAGGGAAAUCUUCUGUUGUAUGUUUUUUAUUGAACUAUUUAAGGGUUUAAAGUGAAACCUCCUCUAAAUAUAUUAUUUCAUAUAAGGCUCGUAAAUGCGAACAGCUGUGACAAAACUAUCCCAAGAUUUCUGUUUGUUUCAACUGAACUGUCACUUAAAAUACUCUACUGUCUCCUCUAGGACCAAUCCAAUGAUGAUUCCAUAAUAAUAUAACGAUAACCAAUGUAAAGUCGCAAAUGAGGAGUUGGAUCUAGAAAAGAUAGAUUAAAUCUUAAAGUUAAAGCAUUAAAAAAAAAAACCAUCAUGGCCCUUCCAUGAAAUAUAAUCUGAGGCUGUAAUUUCAGCAGUUAGAUAUAUUACACUUGCUAAGAGCUUCUCAGUCACUUUCAUUUUUAAUGUUUUUAUGCAUCUCAGAAUCAGAAUCGGGUUUAUUGGCCAAGCCUGUUGACACACACGAGGAAUUUGGUUCCAUCUCAUCGGUGUUGUUACCUCUGAGAGUCACAAUAAUCUAACCUAGAGUCCUGUAUGUUGUUCAGUGAAAUCAUACAAACUGCUUUUUCUGUAAUCAAAUCAUUUUGGGCCUGAAAUAAGUUUUGUGUACAGCUCGAUAGGUGGUGCAGUUGUAGCAGUUCUGCUGCUGCCUCUAGUGGCUACAUUCUAGGUAUAGAUGGCCACAGGUCAUAUUUUUGUGGCCAUUAUGCCAUUUGUUCAACCUUUUGAUUGUACAUUGUUCCUGAUAGUCUGCAGGUGGUCCAAGGGGCAGGUUCCUGUGCUCUCGUUGCCGCGGCCCGGGUUCAUUUCCUGGGCAGGGAGCUAACACAAUUACUGAAGAGUUAAAUCUCAGUGCCGGAUAAAAAUGGGAAGUUUACGUCAGGAAGGACAUCCGACGUAAAACCUGUGCCAAAUCUAAUAUGCUCUCUGCUGUGGCAACCCAGAACAGGGAGCAGCCAAAAGAAGGAAAAUAAAAAAGGACAUUUCAGCAGCAUAACAAAUGAAGUGUUAUUGACAGUAUGAACUCUUACAAAGCGUGAAGUUGCUUCAUGUACUGUAGCUAAAGCAUGUGGCUGGAAUGCUGGUGGUAGGUUUGUCACUGGAAAUUAAAUGUAUGUACGUAGGUCUAUUUCUAAGAUGUCUACUUUACAAUAAUCCAGCUAUUUUUUACACUUCGUCUAAUGAUCCGUUUGAAUUCCUGUAUGUUUUUGAUGUCGUAAUAAAACAUAUUUGAUGAUGA